AUGAGGGUGACGUUGUGUCAAGCUGUGUGUUUUGCAGGAGCCAUACUUCUUAACAUAACAGUGUGCGGUAAGGCUCCUCUCAACACCAAGAUUGUUGGAGGACAAGCUGCAGUUCAGGGGUCUUGGCCGUGGCAAGCAAGCCUUCAUAGAAUUACGUCUGGAAGUCAUUUCUGUGGUGGGAGUCUAAUCAAUAAAGACUGGGUUUUGUCUGCAGCUCACUGCUUCCAGAGCACCGCUGCAGCUAAUGUAAAAAUCUACCUCGGCCGUCAACUCCAAACGGGCUCAAACCCGAAUGAGAUCUCCAGGACAGUGACUCUCCUUAUCUCCAGGACAGUGACUCGGCUCAUCACCCAUCCCAGCUAUAGCACAACUACCCAAAACAAUGACAUAGCACUGCUGCAGCUCUCCUCUUCUGUGACGUUCACUGAUUAUAUUAGGCCAGUUUGUCUGGCGGCCGCUGGUAGUGUAUUUGGUGGAGGUACUAAGAGUUGGAUCACUGGAUGGGGCAAACUCAAAUUUGCAGACACCCAGAUUCCAAACAUACUGCAGGAGGUGCAGAUACCAAUUGUAAACAACAGUGUUUGUAAUAAGGCCUACGGAGGAAUCAUUACAAGCAACAUGCUGUGCGCUGGACUAGAUGAGGGUGGAAAAGAUUCAUGUCAGGGAGACUCUGGAGGUCCAAUGGCAAAUAAGAACAAUUCCCAGUGGAUUCAGUCUGGCAUUGUGAGUUUUGGGCGAGACUGUGGAAUACCCAAGUUCCCUGGUGUUUAUACCAGAGUGUCUCAAUACCAGUCUUGGAUCAGCUCUCCAAUAAGCAGCGAUCUACCAGGAUUUGUCUCAUUCACCUCCACUGAAUCAAGCUCAGGCUCACCCAUAUAAGACACUCUUAUUUUCCCUUUCUCUCACA